UUCUCGAAGUUGAGCGCGACUAGAAGAAUGCUUCACUCAAAGACAUAUCUUAAGCGUACCAAGAAAGGAAAUGCAAUAAAAGCGGUCAAGGAGCACUAUCUGAGAGACGAUAUAUGGUGCUCUGUGGAGACUUGUUCACUUUGUAAACAAGAAGAAUCAAUUUUGAGUGCCAACGCUUUGUUUACGCAACUUGUGAACAAGCCGCAUUAUAUCAUACCGGACGCUGGAGUUUUUAUUAAUCAGAUUGGUUUUAUUGAACAUCAAGCCGUUCAUGAUGUUAUCGUCCUGCAAACAGUUUAUGAAGAAGUGCGAAACUUGAGUUUUCCCAUUUACAAUCGACUGCGUAUUAUUUUAUGCGCAUUCCUAGUACUUUCUGAAAUUUCGGUAUCAUUAUUUACACGCAAAAGAGACACAUAUACCAAAAGGUUAAAGGAAGAGUCGCUCGAUAAAUGGAAAAAUCGAGUGAGGUGGUAUUCUUCCCAUCUCAGGGAAGCAUCGAAUAGCAGAAAGAAUAUCGAGGUUGUUUUAUUAUCGGAUGACAUGGAAAACAUAAACAAAGCCAAGGCGGAUGGAUUGUUGGCAUUUUCUGUUAAGGAGUAUAUCGGUGGAAUGAGCGAUUACCCGGAGUUGAUGGACAUGGUGGAAAGUUUGGUUGGAGUUGAGAAGGAGUCAAGGAUUCCGUACGAAGAGGGCUCCAUCCAGGGUACUGUGGAUGGCGUUGAAACACAGAUCAGGAUCGUGGGUCGCCAAUUUUUGAAUAGGUCCAUUCAAGGGGACACGGUCGCUGUUCAAUUAUUACCAAAGUCCGAGUGGAAAAAAACUCCCACCGCCGCUGUAAUAGAGGAUGAGGAAGGUGACGCGGCCGCAGAGCUCGAAAGUGAUCAACCAGAAGGAAUUGACGAUGAUGAUGCCGUCGAGAAACCAAAGCCAACCGGGUCAGCCACUUCCAUGAUACCGGAAAAUGUGUCCGUCUUUCCUGUAGACCGUCGCAUCCCCAAAAUAUAUAUUCGGACCAGGCAAGCCAAGAACCUUCUGGGGCAACGUAUUCUGGUUGCCAUCGACUCUUGGCCAAAAGAAUCGAGAAAUCCAUUGGGACAUUUUGUAAGAGCGCUGGGAUCUGCAGGAGACAAAGACACAGAAACCGAAGUUCUAUUAUUGGAGCAUGAUAUACCAUUUCAAGAUUUUACGCCACAAGUUCUUAACAACCUUCCACCCGAAGGUACAGAAUGGAGGGCGGGCACUCCACUGGAUGAGGAGGCCGCGAAUCGCGGGACAACCGUAUAUCUGGUUGACAAGCGUAUUGAUAUGUUGCCUGCUUUAUUAGGAACAAGUAAGGAAUUAAAUUCGGAGGCGGAGAUUUUGAACGUUAAUUUUUCGAAAAGUGUGAUUUCGUCCAAGGCAUCUUUGACAUAUGAAGAAGCUCAGAUGCGUAUUGAUGACACAAGGAUGCAAGAUGAUUUGACAAAAGGCAUUAGGAUUCUUAAUGAAUUAGCCAAAAAACUUCGUCGGCGUCGUAUGGACCGGGGAGCAUUGACGUUGGCAAGCCCAGAAGUUAAAUUUACGUUAGAUUUUGACUCGCAAGACCCUGUUGAUGUUGAAAUGAAAGAGUUGAGGGAAACCAACGCUCUCGUUGAAGAAUUUAUGUUGUUGGCCAACAUUUCUGUCGCCGAGAAGAUUUACUCCAGAUUUCCUAAGUCGGCAUUAUUAAGGAACCAUCCUUCCCCGUUCAAAGAGAAAUUGGAAGAACUUUCGAGGGCAUUAGGUCAAUUUGGUUUGUCGAUUCAACAUGAUUCUUCAAAAUCGCUCGCCGAUUCACUGGAUAAGGCCGUCAUUAAAGGUGAUCAAUACUUCAACACAUUAUUGAGGAUAAUGACAACCAGAUGCAUGCUACCGGCCGCCUACAUUUGUUCCGGCUCUGUCGCGCCUGAAAAUUAUUGGCAUUAUGGGCUCGCUACAAAUAUUUACACUCAUUUCACGUCACCGAUUCGAAGAUAUCCUGAUAUAAUUGUGCACAGGAUGUUGGCUGCAUCCCUUAACGCCGAUUCGUCCUAUGAUAGAGAAUUGACGGAUGCACGAAAAAUGCAGGAACUUUGUGAAUCUCUCAAUUACCGUCACCGAAUGGCACAAAUGGCGGCUCGCAAUUCCGUCGAAUUACACACGAAUAUCUUCUUCAGAGAGAAAAUAGAGGAAAAUGAUGGAUACGUGGUGAAAAUACUGAAUAAUGGUUUUGUUGUCUUUAUUCCAAAGUAUGGCAUCGAGGGAGUUGUGUGUUCACCAAAGAGCCAAAAAUCAUCUACCGCCGCACCGUCGCCUAUAGUCUACAAUAUUCACUCUAAUUGUCUUGAAUCAACGUCUGAAACCGGGUCAAAAAUAAGUGUGAAAUUAUUUGAUCAAGUGACAGUACAGGUUAAGGUCAAGGAUUUGGCCGAAAACGGUGGAUUGAGGCUAAAGUUGCAUAUAGAGUUAUUAAAGCCGUUUAUCCCCGGACUAAGUGGCUCUAAGAAAAAGGAGGUCCGGGAUAAUGGUUCUGGAAGUGGUAGUGGAAAGAGAAUGAAGAUUAAGGGAUAA